AUGGAGGAGAGGGUCUCUAAGCUGGAGAAGAUUAACUGGAGCAGUUUUGUACAGCGUCUAGACAUGUUGGACUUGAAGACCAUCCCCGUCCUACAGAACAACGUCAGCUUCGUGCUGGAGAGUCUUGUUGCCAUGGAGAAAACUAUUGACUGGGUUGGUGAAGAGCAGACGACCAUUUCCGGUAACGCCUGCUACGUGUGCGGCGACAACGCCACCCAGAGCUACUGCAAUGCGCGGACGUCCAAACACAUCGCGCCGUGCAAUGACGACCAGCCCUACUGCGUCACGGAUGUGUAUCAGAACGGGGCCUUCCGGCGGGUUUAUAAGAGAUGUGCCACGUUGGCCGAGUGCCAGGAAGCUGUCAGCAUGAACGACCCUCAGUGUGCAGACGACACAUUCAUCCUGCCAAUCAUCUUGCGGUGCCACUUCUGCUGCACAAAGCCGGCCUGUAACGACUACAUCCGGCCCUCUAGCGACUUGUAUGAAGCGCCACCUACCAAAUGAGGCUGUCGGUUUCUAACUUUCAGCUCAACUUAACUCACUUUGUAUUGCUGGGGUUAUGCUGAUAUU